GACUUGGAAAUAGACUGUUUCGCGGGGCUUUCUCUGGGAGAGUACUCCGCGCUUUGCUGCAGCGGGGUUUUGUCUUUUGCUGCUGCUGUUGAGCUGACAGCAAAAAGGGGGGUUUUGAUGCAGCAAGCAGCAGCAGCAAACCCUGGGGAAAUGUACGCAGUGCUGGGCCUCAGCCAGCAGCAAACCGAGGCCGUCUGCGCUGCUGCUGCUGCUGCUGCCCGCAGCAGCAGCAGCAGCAGCAGCAGCAGCAGCAGCAGCAGCAGCGGCAGCAGCAGCAGCAGCGGCAGCAGCAGCAGCAGCAGCAGCAGCGGGGACGUGUACUGUGGGGUGGCGAACUACUUGUGUCCGGGGAACUACGCAGUGUCCGUGUCGCGGUCUGCUGCUGCUGCGCUGCAGCAAGCAGCAGCAGCAGCAGCAGCAAAACGCUGCAUGCGGCUGCAGGUCUCUGGGGCCUUCCACUCCCCACUCAUGGCUCCUGCUGCAGCAGGACUAGCAGCAGCAAUUGCUGCUGCUGAUUUCCAAACCCCACAAACCCCCGUGCUGCUCAACGUGGACGCGCAGCUCCACUCAAACCCUCAAGUCAUCAAGCAAAAACUCAUUCAGCAGCUAACGAGCCCCACGCAGUGGCAGCAGUCGAUGGAGCUGCUGGGGAGUUUGGGAAUGGAAGAAAGUUUUGAGUUUGGGCCCGGCGGAGUUCUUUCGAAACUCAACAACAAAAUCAACCCCCACGUCCGCACCUUCCGCGUCGAGUAA